AUGGCGGUAGACGAGGUGAAUUCGGUCUACGUCGGCGGCCUUCCCUACGAGGCCAACGAGGAGAUGCUUCGCGACGCCUUCGGGUACUACGGCACCAUCGUCUCCGUCAAGGUGAUUAAUGAUCAUUCUGUCAAAGGCAAGUGUUAUGGUUUUGUUACUUUCACUCACCCCAGAGCUGCUGAGCAAGCAAUUGCAGGCAUGGACGGCAAGAAAUUAGGCAAUCGUAUUGUUCGAGUAAAUGAAGUGCGUACAAGAGGUCCCCGAGAUUUUGGUCGAGAUGGUUUCAGACGAGAUCCAAGAAGGUAUGGUAGAGAUCCAUACUGGGACAGAAGGGUUAGGGAACGGAGCUAUGAUCGUGAAAGGGAUCCGUACCAUGACAGGGAUAGUGAUAGAUCCCGUGAGCAUGAUAGAGAAAGAGAUUAUGAGCAUGGUGGCUUUAAUCGAGAAAUUGACUAUCCCAUGGAUCGAGAUCAUGAAGUAGACGAGAGAUGUCCUAGAGAACAUGAUCGUGCAGAGGAAAUGCAUAAUAUGGAUUCAGAUAAUGACAAAGAUAGGGAACAUGGAACAAGAAAAAGGUUCAGCCGCCCAAAAGGUCGUGAUAGCAGAGAUUUAUCGAGUUCCAGUGAUGAUCUUCAAAAUGAUGGAAAGCACCAGUUGGAUAAAACUAUUCAGAUGCGUGAGGACCUUGAAAAUGAGGUUAACCAGAUUAAGGAUAAAAUAUCUGCGAAAGAACAGCACAUUGCAGAUUUGCAGAAGAAAGCUCAGCUGUACAAACAUUUUCUUCAACUUCAAGACUACAACGAUAGGGUCAAAACGGCUGAACAGAGGCUUCAGUCUCUUGUUGAUGCUGCCAUGGUCGAGCUUGACAUGGCCGAAGAUGCUACCACCAGAGAUGGCUCGAUGUAUGAGAACGGCGUGGUUUGA